AUGAAAGAAAAGAAGAAGAGAGUUUCUCGCUAUGAGUAUCAAACAAGGUUUCUAACAAAUCUAUUUGGAUCCAAGAAAGUAGCCUGUUCCCUCUUCUGUGGGGUUAUUGCUAUCUUAGCUCUAUUCAGGUUUUACACUUUCUACUGGGCAGUGGCAGGUCAAGAAUCAUGGCCCCUUUUGGAUCAUAUAAUAGUAAAGAUGAUUGGACAAACUCUGACAGUCUCUGGAAUUAUCAUGGCUACUUCAGCUGUUAUUGCUCUCAAUUUCUAUGGAUAUGGUUUUGCUGAUUGUUUUGAUAUUCUGAUGGAAGACCGUGUUACAUGUUUCCCAUUCAAUAUCUUCAACAAUCCCAUGUAUCUUGGCUCUACACUAGAGUAUAUUGGGGCAACACUUGUGAAAGCAAGUCCAACUGGUAUGUUAUUGUCUGCUAUGAUUGGUGGGAUGUAUAUCAUAGCUCUACACAUUGAAGAGCCUUUUACUGCUAUGAUUUAUGAUGACAAAUUAAAUCAAAAUAUAGACAAAGAGAAGUAGAGGACCUUCAUGGAGGCCCGGGGGGGGGGGGGGGGGGGUUCACAAAUGUAUUGCUGUACACACGCAUGGCCAAAUUAUUUCCAAACACCCCCUAAAUGAGUUUUUCUCUGUGUGCAAAAUAACCCCCUAAACAAGUUGUCGCCAGAAUGUGACACCGGGGAAAAAGCUUUGGGAAAAAAAACACACCCUAAACACACAUUUGGCUAGUCUUAAAAAAAGCUUUGGAAAAAAAUACCCUAAAUACGUUUGACCCUGCGAUUGACCAUUGACCUGUCUUUCAAAACUACCCCUUUUUAAAAAAAAUCAGUGUUUUUGAUACUCUUAACGAGUGCACGCGCGGCCCGCGUCCAAAACUGAAAAAACACCCUUUUAAACACGUUUUUUGGUCAUGCGUGUUUACAGCAAUAUAUUUGACUGCCCCCCCUGGGUAUGGAGGUGAUCUAAUUCAUAUGAGAAACAGGGUUCAUAGAAAUUGGCCUUACUGUUUAACUGUGUUAAAAUUAUUUUAGAAAGUAGUAAAAUUUGCAAUUUGAAAUAAGACUCAAUGUUAAAUAGCAAUGGUUCCAUGUUUGAAUGAACUAGUAGGUAUGGAAUAGGAAACUCAUGUUCAUGUACCACUAAGUUUAAAUCUAUUGUUAAAUUUUUGUUAAAAACAACCAAAUUUGAAUCUGAAAUUGAAAUAAACAUUAAUUGUAUUUCAAGGAUAACAAUCUGAAUGGUGCAAUGUCCAUAGGAAAAAUUUACAAAUAAUACAAAUAAUAUAUGAAAACAGCAUCAUUCUAUUUUAACAUCCAGUUCUCAUAACAGUUCUCUCAAUUUCUUUGUGAUUUUUGAAAAAAAAAGCAUCAAUGGUGUUAACCUACUAAUAUGAGAUUUAAUUUGAACAAACCAAUAUAAAUAUUUAUAAUUAUAAUAUCCAUGGAAAGUAGUUAAAUAUUUGUUUUAAUUUUUCAUCUUACAAUAUCUAAUCACAAAUUCAUGCAACAGCAUGUGAAUUUUCAUCCAUUUGUUAGUUUCAGGGUUUUUAAAUAAUAAUGACAAUAAUAGUGAUGUCUUGAGUGCACACACCGUCCAGAGAUGGUUAUUUAAUGCAUAGCUUUAUUAAAAUUGGAAAUAUUAAUGCAAUAUGUUUCAGUAUUUGAAAAUAACUGUUUUUCGAUAGCAAUCGGGGGGGGGGGGGUCUUUUUAUGCAGUGAUGAUGGAAACUCAUAUUUUUUUUUUAUAGUAUAUUGUAUCUUUACUGAUUUAUAUUUUCUAUUACUUUAAAAUAUCCAAUAGUAUGUGUACACUAAAUGUACAUGUGUGUUUAAUUAAAGUAUGGAGUGUGCCUAUUCCAAACAAAAUUCCCGACUUCUACAGGUAUUCUAGAGUGUUCCAGUAGGCCUAUUACAUAUUUGUAAUAUGUUGGUUGAAAGUGUACCUGUAGUUGAAAGUAUAAUAGCUCAUAAUGUUGAAUGUAUGACAAAAUGAAACUAUAUUUGGGUGAGUGGUACACUUUUGCUCAUACACUCAGAAACAAAAAAUUUAUCAAAGCUUGUCAAAUAAUUUCUUUACCUUAUUAAAAGUAUGUGGGUGCAUAGCUUUAUUGGGUUUUAUUUUCGUUCCAACUUUGGGCAUGCUUGUGGAGGAAGUACACAUAUAUAAUCUCAAUUAGUAAAGAUAUUGAAGUUAAAAUAGUUUUAAAAUAUAGUGACAUUUUUGUUUUCUGCAUGUUGUAUGAUUGUUUUGUUGAUAUUUUUCGUUAUCUGUUUGAUAUUAUGUUCCAUAUGAUAGUUGCCUCAGUUCAAAGUUUUCUUCUACAUUCGCAAUUAUCUUCAGUUGAAAUGAUAGAAUUAUGAGAUGCUAUUUACCACAGAUGUGACCACAUUAUUUUUAUGAUGCUCAGUCCAUGAAUAGAAAUAUACUGGGUGGCAUAACCAGUUCUCUAAGGAAAUGAAAUUUGAAAUAUUUUUAGUAACACCACACUCAAGGAUGUCAACUUUUUGUAAUUGAUGGGACUGGGAGGAAUAAAAAUAAAUAAACAAAGAAUGAAAAACAGUUUUGAGUCUCCUGCCAAAUAAUGAAUUGUUCGACUGCUUAUUAACAAUACAAAGAACAUACAAGUAUAUAUUUCCCCAUAAGUGUGCUAAUGUGGCAUUAUUUUCCCCUUACGUUAAAUUAUCAAGUGUGUGUUUGUGUGCAUUGUGCAAUUUAUCUAUCAAAAUUUUAAAAAUAUAUCUUUACGUAUUUUUAAAUAGAACUUGGGCAUUAUCUUUUUUUUUAAAUAUAAAUAUAGAAGUAAAGUUUUAUGCAAAGAUUUGUGUGGUUAACAUUAUAGUUUUGUUUUUGGAUGAAUUAAGGAUUUCCCUAGUUCAAGCUCUUGAUCUAUAUUGAAUAUUUUGGAAAUUUUAUUUGAUAAUGUAAUCAUAUUUGUGUAUAACACAAACUGUAUUGUAUAAUUGUAACAUGUGAACUAUUUUGUUGAGUAAAAUUUGAGAAUAAUCUGUGUGUUAAAUUGUACGGCAGUGUUUUCAAUUUUUUUUACAUAAAAUCAUAAUUGAUAUUAAAUAUUAUAAAUUGUUGAUGGAACACUUCUUAGUACUCUGUUGCAUAUAUAAUACUGGUUACUUUGUUUUAAUUUAUGAUUGAGAUAGGCAGCAGAGCCCUUGGAAUAUUGUAAAAGAAGAAUGGAACUAAUAUGGAAAACAAAAUUUUAAUUUGCAGUUGG